GGUGAUGCCAUUCGGCCUCACCAACGCACCCGCUACCUUCCAGAGGGCGAUGAACGACAUCUUCAAGGACAUCCUGGAGCAGUAUGUUCUCGUUUACCUCGACGAUAUCCUGGUCUAUAGUCGUACCCUUGAGGAGCACCUCAGACACCUCCAUGACGUUCUUGACCGCUUGCGCAGACAUGGCUUCUACGCCAAGCUUAGCAAGUGCCGCUUUGCCCAGCAUAAAGUGGAUCUCUUAGGACACUACGUGUCUGACCAGGGUUUCCACAUGGACGACGCGAAGAUCACUGCUAUUGCGGAGUGGCCCGCUCCCACAUCCGCAAAGCAGCUCCGCAGCUUCCUAGGCCUGACCAGCUACUAUAGUAACUUCAUCCGGGKAUACGCUAGGUAUUCCUACGUCCUUACCUCCACCCUCCUCCGGAAGAACCCACCCUGGGCUUGGACACCCCUCCACGAGGACGCCUUCCGCGCCCUCAAGAAGGCGGUGACAUGCACACCGGUUCUUUACCUACCCGAUUUCGACCGCCCUUUUAUCCUUACCACCGAUGCAUCAGACUUCGCCGUAGGAGCAGUGCUUUCUCAGCUCUUCCCCUCAUCUCCUGAUUCCUCUCAUCCUCGUAUCCCUCGCUUCCCACCACCUACCCCUACCACUGCUUCCCGACUGACGCUUACUCGUCCAGCUACUGACGAGCCUUCUAUUGACUAUUCUCCUACAAUCGCCGAUGACGGCACUGUCGAGUCUCGCUCAGGUGAUUGUCCGAUAGCCUUCUACUCCCGUCAGCUCCUGCCCGCCGAGAUAAACGACACUGCUGAUGAACGUGAGGUUCUCGCAGUAGUUUAUGUCGCUCGACACUGGCGUCACUACCUGCACGGGGCACCAUUCACGGUGCGCAUGGACAACUCUGUUGUCCAGGCUUUUCUGACAAAGCCAAAGCUCACUCCUCGACAGGCUCGCUGGUGGCGCGACCUAUCCGAGUUUAGUUUCACCACUGAGCACAUCAAGGGUGAGACUAAUCGGGUCGCCGAUGACCUAUCCCGGCGCCCUGACCACGACCAGGAGCACAUCCAGCUCUCUUCCAUCUCGGUCAGCACCGUCCACCACUCGGUGAUCGACGAGUUUCGCACUCAGGACCACCACUGCCCCGACUAUCGCGACAUCCACGCGACCCUUCAGAGUGGCAAGACCGUCCCGAACUACUCUCUCGGGGACAACGGUCUUGUGUACCGGCACGGUUCACAGGGCACCAGAGAGCCCCGUAUUUGUGUUCCCUCCACUGGACAGCUACGUGUCCGAGCAGUAGCAGAGUUCCAUGACCAGGCACCUGCCGGUCAUAUGGGCUUCCACAAGACGUUGGCUCGUGUGAGCCGCCUGUACGUCUGGCCGAAGUGCAAGGACUUUGUGAAGGACUACGUCGCAGAGUGUCCGACCUGUCAGGAAGUGAACAGUGUGAACCACUUGCCUUAUGGCUUGCUCCAGCCUCUUCCCAUCCUUGAGGGUCGUUGGCAGUCCAUCUCGAUGGACUUUAUCGGUCCUCUUCGUCCUCCGACCCCUCGAGGUCAUGAUGUUAUCCUGGUCGUCGUCGACCGCUUCACGAAGCGUGCACGCUUUGUUCCGUGCUGCUAUGCCCUCAGUGCACGUGAGGUCGCCGACAUCGUGUUUGACCGAGUCGAGCGUGACCACGGCUUACCUCUGAGCAUCAUAUCUGACCGUGACCCGCGCUUUACCAGCCGAUUCUGGCGACGGCUCCACGAGGUGUACGGCACUCAGCUCCGCUUCUCCUCGUCUUACCAUCCUCAGACUGAUGGUCAGACCGAGAUCACGAAUAGGACUCUGGGGGAUAUUCUCCGAAAGAUUGUUCGUGACGACCAGCAGUGGGAUCUCCAUCUUGCCCAUGCGGAGAUAGCCUACAACCACGCCGUCUCGCCAGCCACGGGGAUGUCGCCUUACUAUUGCGACCUCGACUAUCACCCGUGUGUUCCCGCGGACUUCCUUCGACCGUCCCAGAUGCACCCCGACACGAGUUGUCCCGCGCUGGAUGAUUGGGUUGCACACAUGACGUCGAUUAUGAAGACCUCACAUGAGCACAUAGCCGCUCCCCAGACUCGCAUGGCAGCACGUGCGAACCGAUCGAGGAUGGAUCACCCAUUCAAGGUCGGUGAUGAUGUGCUUAUCGACGCCCGCCACUUACAGCUCGAAGCGGACACACUUCGCAAGUUUCGGCGUCGCUUCUUUGGCCCAUGCUGCAUCCUCCACGCCGUCGGUUCUGAUACGGCAUCUACACCAGGCUUGUGUGCAUGAUGUCUACCACGUCUCGUUAUUGCGUCCUUACCGCAG